CCAUUCAUUGACAACAAUAAUUCCACACAUAUUAUAUAUUUUGGUAAUAAUCUUUCUUGUGUGUUUUGCAUUUCAAUUCUAAACCGAAGAACAAAAAGCACCAUGUCUCCAAUUAGCUCCAAAGAUUUGCAUAGGAUCUUCAAGAAGCUAGACAAGAACUGUGAUGGCCUCCUCUGCCUAGAAGAGCUCAAGUGGCUCUUGGAUAGGAUUGGCAUCCAAUUAACCAUGGAGGAGCUGGAAUCAUUUCUAGAGAAACCCAGCCUCGACUUCGACGAGUUCUUGUUCUUUUACGAGUCAAUAUCAAAGCAAAACAAAGGUGAGUGCAAAGGGGGUGUGGGGGGGUGUGUGCAAGAUGAUCAUGAGGAUGAUACUGAGAUUGUAUAUAUGGCUUUUAAAGUGUUUGACAUGAAUGGUGAUGGCUUCAUUUCUUGCGACGAGCUCGAAAACGUGUUGGUGAGGCUCGAGCUUUGGGAUGCAAGUAGAAGCGAGGUAGAUUAUUGUAGAAGCAUGAUCCAAGCUUAUGACACCAAUUUGGAUGGAAAGCUGGAUUUUGAGGAGUUUAAGAACAUGAUGUUGCUCACAACAUAGUUCUUCUUUUAGAGUUUCAAAAAAGAAAAGGAAAAAAAAAAAAAAAAAUCCCCUUUUUUGUUAUAUUGUUGUUAAAUAUAGAUAUUCGUUUGGUCUGUUUAUCUGCAGGUACAAUUUGAGAAGCUGGGAGGCUUCAAGAAUAAAAAUUUUGGUCAUGGAGUUCAUGUAAUUAUAUUUUUGUUGCUCCAAUCAGAUUAUGUAUUUCCACUCUCCUCUAUAAUAGAAUUUUUUUUUAAGGAUCAA